AGGAUCUUUCGUUGAAACGGACUAGUUUCCAAUGAAGUAUCUGAUAACACGAGAAUCCAAAUAGCCGAAAGAAUCAAAUGGAAUACAAUCGAAGCUCGAGAUCCGAAGGGUAACGUGGCCUCGAGAAAGUGAAACAGUGAUCUGUACAUCGCGAAACUUUCGCUCGGGAAAUCCUAAUUUCACGCACUACCGAUUGACGAUAUGGAUUUGGCAACGGAGCAACGAAAAGACGUGAGCCAGCUGGAGAAGAAAGAGGAGCAGGGGCAAACUGUACGGCUCCUGGAGUCGUGCACGACGGCAGAAGUGUGCCAGGCUUUGGGUGGAAACGACGAUAAGCUACUGACCGAGCUACGUAACAGGCUUCGAGAUUGGCUCACGUUACAGCCACAUCUCCCUCAAGAUAUGCCGGAGAGGAGAUUGGAACACUUCUUAAUCAGUACAAAGCUGAGUCUCGAGCGAGCUAAGCAGAGACUAGACUUGUAUUAUACGGUGAGGCGUCUCGUGCCGGAGCUUUUAGCCGAAAGGGAUCCACGCGGACCUGAUGUUGCGCAGUUUCGCCAAAUUUUCCAAUGGACCUGUCUGCCAAAAUUGACUCCGGACAAGUACAGAGUUACUAUAUUAAAAUGCAUCGAUGGAGAUGCCAGCAAAUUCCAUCCAUGGACGUUAUUCAAAUACACGUUCAUGAUCGCUGACGUGCGAAUUUCCGAGUGUCGUUGUCUCGGUGACAUUUAUAUCUACGACCUUGCCGGCAUUAAGAUUGGCCAUGUUACGAAACUGACCCCCGGUACUAUUAAGAAAGCCUUGGUGCUAGUGACGAAAGCCUACGGAUCUCGAAUAAAGGGAAUUCAUUUUAUAAACUCGCCGAGUUUCGUUGAUCGCCUUGUUACGCUGCUGAAAUCCGUCAUGAAGCCAAAACUAGCAUCACGAGUACACGUUCACUCGGUGAAUUCCACUUCGCUGUACGACGUCGUACCAAAAUCAAUAUUACCCGUUGACUACGGCGGCGAUCAACCUGCCAUGGAGCAAUUGUCUAAAAGUUGGGACGACAAAUUGUAUGAAUGGAGUGACUGGUUUCUGGCCCAGGAAAAAUGCAUUGUCAACGAGAAGCUUCGCUGCGGAACGACUGUGGAUGUUGACGAGUUAUUCGGCUUUUCUGGUUCAUUUCGAAACCUCGAGGUCGAUUGAAUCGCUACGAUUUCCCGAAUCUUGCAUUACCAAUGUACCCAGUUUUGAUGGGAGAGUUGUCGUAAGUUUGCUAAUGAAAAAUAAAGUCUAUGA